AUAAAAGAAUAAACAAGGACAAAUAAGCAAUAGAGAGAAGGAAAACACUGCAAGCUUCACAAGUUGGUUGAGUGUGUAGAGAGAGAAAAAAAAUAUAUAUAUAUACAGCAGAGCAGAAAAAAGCAGAGACCUAUACAUACACACACACGUAUAUCUAUGUAUCAUUAUUAAAUUAUCGUCAGAUCUUUCGUUUUCAUUCAAUCUCCAUUGCCAGAUUUUUUAUUUAAUCCUGAUAAUUCCUUUAAGAACUUUGUGUUUUUACCAGGAUUCUGUUCGUAUAUAUCUAUAUAUAUAUACCCGUAUAUAAAUUUGGCAUUUAUCGAAGAGUUGAAGAAUCGGAGAAAUCAAUGCAGUAGGGCUUUCUGCAAUUUGCGAUCCAGCUGCUACUGAUUCUGGAGUUAAUUGCAACCUGGAAUUUUGCUGCGAACCAGAAACAUUGAAGUUUUUUAGACCAAAUCUUAUAUCCUUCAGCUCUUUAUCAUGAACGCUGAUAAGAUGGCAGGCCUUGAAGGAAUAGAGGUGUAUGAUGAAACAAGAGAGAGGACGGAUCAUGAGAAUUCCGAAGAUGAAAGAAGGAGAUCGAAAAUUGGGGCUUUUAGGAAGAAGGCGAUAAAUGCUUCGAAUAAAUUUACUCAUUCUCUCAAGAAAAGAGGGAAAAGGAAAGUUGAUUUUAGAUUUCCUUCUAUUUCUAUUGAAGAUGUGCGCGACGCGAAAGAGGAGAGUUCUGUUUGCGAUCUGCGUCAGAAACUUCUCGAGAAGGGAAUGCUGCCAGUUAAACACGACGAUUAUCAUACUUUGUUGAGAUUCUUGAAAGCAAGAGACUUCAAUAUCGAAAAGACCAUCCAAAUGUGGGAAGAAAUGCUUAAUUGGAGGGUGGAGUAUGGAGCAGACACCAUAUUAGAAGACUUUGAAUUUGAAGAACUGGAAGAAGUCAUGCAAUAUUAUCCACAAGGAUAUCAUGGAGUUGAUAGAGAAGGCAGACCUAUUUAUAUUGAAAGGCUUGGAAGAGCUUACCCAAGUAAACUGAUGCGCAUCACUUCCAUCGAGCGGUACUUGAAAUAUCAUGUUCAGGAGUUUGAGAAGGCUCUGAAUGAGAAGUUCCCAGCAUGUUCCAUUGCUGCAAAGAGACGUAUCUGUUCUACCACAACAAUUUUGGAUGUACAAGGCCUGGGGGUUAAAAAUUUCACAAAAACAGCUGCUAGUCUAUUGGCUUCCAUGGCAAAGAUUGAUAAUAGUUUCUAUCCAGAGACACUCCAUCAUAUGUACAUUGUUAAUGCUGGACCUGGAUUCAAGAGACUACUUUGGCCUGCUGCCCAGAAGUUUUUGGACACAAAAACUAUGGCUAAAAUCCAUGUAUUGGACCCCAAGUCUUUGGGGAAACUACUGGAGGCUGUUGAUCCAUGUCAACUCCCUGACUUUUUGGGUGGAUCAUGCAACUGUAAUAUUGAGGGAGGUUGCCUAAGGUCAAAUAAGGGUCCGUGGAAUGACCCUGAAAUAAUGAAGGUUGUGUGUAGUGCAGAAACAAAUCUUGUGAGGCGAACCGAUAGAACAGCCACUGACUGGUACAUCAAAAUCCAGCCACUGAAGGGAAGAGACGGUGAUACAUCAAUAGUUGAAUCAUGGUCAGAUGAUGUUGAUGAUCCUUGCUCCCCUAUGAAACAGAAUAGUUCAGUGAUUCCACUACUUGCCUCUGUUCACGAAGAAGCCAGAAUAUCAGAUCCAUGCACCUAUUAUAGUUGUCGUGAAAAUUUUAGUUCAGACACGAAAGAUGGGGAUAGUGAGCAAGGAGAGGAAUAUGAGUCUUUACAUAUCUAUAAUGUAAGAAAUCGAAAAGUUGAUGCAAGACGAAGCCUGGAAGGUGCUUUUGUUAUGUGCUGGUUGGAUGCAAUCAAAGAUAAAGUUGUUAAAAGAAGUUUCCGAUAUAUGUCAAGAACAUUAAUAUCUAUUACAAUUAAGCUUAUUGAUUUCAUACGGAACAUACCUGUCGAAUAUUUUUUGAGGAGACAGUCCAAUUUGGAAAACGGCCCUGCACCAAACACCUAUCUAAAUGGUUCCGAAAAUGACCCUGAAUUAGACACCCUUUCAUAUGUUCGCGAAAAAGCUGUUGCUGUAGAAGACACGGUUCGUCCAUGUGUACAGCGCCUGCAGAGGCUAGAAAGUUUGUUGGAAGAGCUCAACAAAAAACCGGCCGAAAUUCCAGUAGAAAAGGAUCAAGUUCUUCAGCAAUCUCUGGACAGGAUCAAGUGUGUUGAGUAUGACCUUGAGAAAACAAAGAGGGUAUUACAGGCUACAGUACUGAAACAAAUUCAGAUUGCCGAGUUACUGGAAAAUAUGCGCGAGUCCAAAUUUCAGCGGCGAAGGUUUUUCUGCUAAGUAUUGGCUGGUCAAUGGUCAAUGUGUGAUUAAGGAAUGGUUUUUGGAGGUACACAACAAUGUCGAGAAGUGCACAAAGCCUUACUUAGGCGGCCCCUUUUUUCUAAUUUCAUCUCACGGUAGACAAAUCGUUCGACAAACCAGCAACUGCAAACUCUAUGAUACGACAAUUCCUCUGCAGCUAAUUAAAUCUCAGUUCAGCCUCAAAGGUACGGUGAAGAAGACCAACUUACUCCGGGUGAUUUUGUGGGGAGAUUUCCAUUAAUUUGAUAUAGCUGUAAAUAAGUAGUUUCAUUUGUAGUAUUUAAUAUUGGAUGACAAGUUCGAACGAACCGGUAGAGAUCAAACCAUGCAGGGGCGAUUGUGGUUUAUACGCUAUAAUAAUGUGGUAGCCGCAAAGUGAAAAUGUACACGAUAUCGAAAGUCAACUAACAUGUAACAACUACGGUUAAUUCGGCUCGUCUGAUCUGCUUAAUGACAUUUCAUACUAGCCAUUUUUUAGUAUUUAAAAACAUAAAUGUUAUGUGGA